AGAUAACCGGAAAAUCAAGAUUAGGCCACCCCGCAAACACAGAUUUAUGACGCCCACUUUUUUUUCACGUGUUUGGGAACCCUGCACUACCUUAUCAAAUAUUGCUAGCGGAACAUACGUUUGUAUCACCACAAAAAGCUUGAUAUUUUCACUGUCGUCUUGAUCAUCCACCGUUCGGCGGGACGCACAAAACACUCGACCGGCCGGCCAUUAGUCGGGUGUUCGUGCCAGUUCGUGGCUCGGUUGUAUUAUUAUAUUAUCAAGAUGUCUGCCGUCGUUCGGCACCGAGUAGAAGCGGACGGAGGUUGUGCGCCGAUCAAGGUCACCCACCACCACCACCACACACCGCAGCGGUGGCGAUGGAAUUCUUUCGUCUGGGCGGCGGUUACAAUCGCGUUCGGACAACGCUAUCGCGCGCGGAGUUUCGCGUGUCCCACCACAAUAUUGAACAUUAAUCCGUAGGGCAGGACGUGUGCACACGCAGGUGCAUCCGGUGUAAGCCUGGUGUUACGCGGCUGGUGGUGGGAACGACUACCACCACUCCCGCCGCCAUCAUUGCCGUCGAAAUGCCUUAUAAAAUAACUCACGGAGAAUGUGUGUGCAGCUAUUGUACAAUAUUCCAUUUUCCGUCGUGUUUCAGUCUUCCAAACCCGUUGCUUUUGCCCGUUCGGAUACCUACCUGCUUUUAUUGAAUUCUCAACAUUGGUGCGCCGACUUACAUUUAUCUCGUUUUCUCGACCCGCAUUUAUAAAAGCACAACAUCACGAUGUCGACGUUUGUGGUACUCGUAAUAACUGUCAUCAUUAGUAUCGGUGCCGGAGCUGACUUGCAAACGGAUAAGGAUAUGCUAGAAGUCACUCCACAAAUUCAAGAUGGAUGUCCGCCGCUCGAAUCCGCAGAAUAUCAAGUAACCGUGAUGAGUUCUAUUUCGUUGGUGAUCAAUGGUUGUGCCUAUAUCAACUACAAUUCUAGUAACGUAAUGAGGCAAUCGUACAGCUUGUGGUUUGAUAGAGUACAACAUGGCGGGCAAUGUAGUCGUGAUCAGGCGCAUAAUUUAGGUAUGGAACACUUAAGUUUUUACUGUCUGAAAAAAUCACCCGUGCUGCCAGAAAACACCAAUAAGGGGCGUAUGUACUUAAGGCUAUACGAUGAAACCUCAAACAAAACGGGAAAACCUUAUCAAAAAUGUGCAAUGUACGAGACAGUUAACGGAGAUGCCACUACAUUUAAAAUAGCUAUUAGCGGGCAUACUUCGUGUGAUGGCCUGUUACACAUGCUUUCUCCCUCACUUCUGCAAAUGAUCCCCCAGUUUAAUAAGGGCUCUGUAUUGCUGCUGUUUAACAAGACUAAACUCGACGUGUUAACAACACCGCCGUUGGUUGAUAUGACAACCACCGAGUCCAUAGAAUCGAUAGCUAAGCGGUAUGAGAGACGGGGAUACAUUUUACAGAAUUUCGGAAAUCGGCCCAACCCCUUCAGGAAGACCAGGAGAUCAGUGGUUCAAGACAGUAACAAGAGUACCAAAGUUAUGCAUCUAUUUAACAAGACUAAACUCGACGUGUUAACAACACCGCCGUUGGUUGAUAUGACAACCACCGAGUCCAUAGAAUCGAUAGCUAAGCGGUAUGAGAGACGGGGAUACAUUUUACAGAAUUUCGGAAAUCGGCCCAACCCCUUCAGGAAGACCAGGAGAUCAGUGGUUCAAGACAGUAACAAGAGUACCGAAAUGGCUGCUACCAUGGACAAGAAUAAAUCACGUCCACUGUCAAUGGAGUUCAUGCAACGGCUCUUGCAAAUCCAGUUAAGACAUAAGCGCUCGUUAAAUACAACAAUAAAUUCAUAUUCAGAUAUUACAGGUUAUAGUUGGAUUCAAGGUUAAGGCCGUAAAUAAUGAUUAUAAAUAUAUAAUAAGUAAUACAGUUUGUUCUAAGUAUUACUGUAACAAUAUGUUUUUGUAAUAUCUUUCAAAUAACCUGUGUUCUUUUUUUAUUAAGUGUACAACUUUUUAAUUUUUUUUUUCAUGUAUUCGUAAAUUUCAUUUAAAAGCUUAUAAAUUAAAAACAAAUUCAUGAAAUAAAUAAAUGCUACAAAAACACUAUAACUGAGAGCCUACGAUCAUAGAAUAAGUCUGAGAAACAAAAAUAAUACUUCGUGUUAUUCAUAUUCAUUUAUAAAUUUACUAGUUAUUUUUAUAAAUAAAAAUUGUAACAUACUUCGUUGUUUGUACUGAUUGAUGGAUGAGGAUAAUGUGACGGCGUAUGACGCUGUUAAAACGUUAAAAUGUGUGCAUGUUCCUUAGUGCACCGCACUCAUAAGUCAAAUUUAAAUUUUGUGAUCACAAAAAAAAGUGUUUCUCUUUAAACAAUUACUUUAAACUUAA